AUGCGCGCAUUUGCGCACUUCUUUUUCCUUUUUCUCUUUAAUCCAUCUCCUCAUGUCAUCGAUGCUGAGUUUUGGAUUCCAAUGAUCAAGAAAGACACACCAUGUAGGUAGAACUCCAAAUAUAGUUUAUAGUCUCUUGAUUCUGCUCAAUGUAGGUUUGAUUGUGCUCGUCCUUGGCAAACGACAAAUCAUCUCCCAGGACCGUCAGAUAGUGACUGUCAAAAUUAAAAUGGAAUAAUGGAAAUAGGCCAAUGAAUUAUUAUAAAAAAGUUAUUAAAUACGACUAUUGCAAGAAAUCGUGCUAUGUCAAUGUCUUGCAUACCAAUCAUUUGUUUCAAUUGAUUUGAUCUGCUCGUUAAAGACAGGAUUAUAUUUUUCUCAACUGGGUGAAAUACUUGCUAUUUAUCUAUUGGUUGCAGACUGCAUGAAACCACUACUGAGGGGCGAAGACUUCGACCCCAGACAGCAAAUCCAAGUUUCAUCCGAACAUUAUCUUUUUGGAGACCCUCUUCGAGUUGUGAAUGAGAGUGUCCCUUGGUGCGUAAAGGAUAGAACCUUCAAAGAAUGGGUCCAAGUCGACCUGGGUAAUAUAACUGUUCAUAUCAAUAGCUAAAUGAUACACGCUUUUUUUUUGGUUCUUGCCUAUGAAAUAUUGGAGGACAGACGCUAUCAGUUAAAGAAUUUUGCUCUCUUAAUUGGUGCCAUGUUGCCGUGCGUUUGGUCUGAUAAGAACAUCGGUGACGAACUUGAUUGUACGUCGUUUGCUACAUUUUUGCUGUUAAAACGUCAUGAAGUCAUCUGUGAUCAAUAAAUGAACAGACGAACGGCAAAGUGGAAUCCAUUUGCUGAUUUACAUGUACCUGCCUGCUUUUCCGGAGUUAAAUAGAUGUGAGAUUCUGACGAAGAUUUUUGAAUAUGCUUACAUGAAUUCCGAAUGUUGCCCAAAGUAGCGGUGUAAAAUGUUAAAGCUUCGUGCCAUUUUAAACUCUCAUCUAUAUGAAAGAAGAGUUUCUAAAAAAAGGGGUCUAAAACUGAGGUCAGAUCACGAUUGGGACAGUCUUAGACUCGUCGGAAGAAACUCAGUCUUCAUAUAGUCAUGAGUAUAAAUCGUCGGAUACCGUCGGUCAACAAUCGGAUCCCAAAAACAAAUUGUUGUAAUUUAAAAUUUGUUAGGUCGGACUGAGAUCAAAUUAAAUUUGGAACUCAAAUAAGUUUUAACAAAUUAAGACAACGGUUCUCCUCCUUCCUAUUAAUUCUUUUAGUAAUGUAUCAUUGUUACUUUAUUUCGACUGCGUCAUAUUGUCAUAUUAUUACUAUAAUUACAAUUUUCAUCGUCAUUAUUAUUAACGUUACUGUCGCUGUUAUUGUUAUCAUUGAUGGUUGGAAAUCCUUUUCUUUUUAGGCGCAAUGAAACUUAUAUCAGGUGUUCUGAUAGAGGGAUGGAAUUGGCGUGAAAGCCGAUCUGCCCAAUCGGAAUGGAAGUGGAGAGUGACUCAUUAUAGUGUGGAAUUCAGUCCAGAUGGGCGACUAUGGACUGUGAUCAAAGAUGAACAUGGUAACCCUCGGGUAAGAAGAUUCUAAUCGUUAGAUCUGUCCUCUAUAUCGGGUAAAAGGAUGGCACACGGGUGAGAGCGAUUGCCAUAGCACCUCGUCCUCUACCUAUGAGUUUUAGGGUUUCGUUCCAGAAUCUUCUGCCAGAAUGACCUCACAAAAAAAAACCAAAAAAACAAAUAGAAUUACUUUGAGUUUGGUUCUCACUUUUACCACAAAUUUUUUUUUUUUAAUCGGGCUCUUUGGUUUCUCUCUUCCGCAAAAAGCACCAAUCCAAAUUCCAAGUCGACACGAGAAAAAUUAACCCUAGAGAGUUACCUCGUCAAUACACACUCGGCUUCACUAUGGUUGUUAUCCGAUUGUUCUGAUCUUUGGAAAUAAAUAAGUUGUGAUAACCACUACUGAUACCUUACACUUCUUCCUAAUACAUAUUUCUAACUGAAGAAACAUCUAAGGGAAUAAAGCCGUCAACAAUGGAAGAUGGGAGGGAAGGAUUUAUUAUAUCGUUGGUAGCGCUCUAGGGCAAUAUGAAGCGAAUCCUGUGUUCUGAUUGGCUACCCGAGCGGGGAAGAUUCUCGGUAUUGCCCGCAUUGAUUCCACGCAAGAAAAUCAUUGCAUGGAGCUGACUUACCAAGUUCGUAAAUUUUGGACAGUGUCGGUGAUGGAGUCACAAAAAAUGGCGAAAGACAGUCAAACAGAGAAAACAUAAACGACUCUCUUGGGUUGAUUGUGUUACAAACACAGUUAGCUGUCUUUCCCGACUCUCGAAAUAAACAAGUAAUUCUUGAUCCCUAAUAAAGAAAUCUGUUUGCUAUCUGAUGAGUCCUUUAUUUACUAAGCUGGUUCGGUCAAGGUGGCUGGAUAUUAGCAUCGUUCUUUUUUAACGUUUUUAUGGACCUCGACCUUCUCUCGGUCCAUAAAAACGCAAAAAAAGAACUCGGCCAAUAUCCAGCUAUCUCGUUCAAUCCAUGAAAAGCUUAUUCAUAAAGAGUCAGUGGCACCAUGAUAAAAAGUCUUUUUGAUUGUACAUACCACUAACUUUCAUUUCAGCAUUUUCACAGCAACCGGGAACACAAGUCUGUUCGCAAGAACUACUACAAAGCCAGAGUUGGUUACCAGUCUUUCGACCCUCUUCUCCAUGCGCGGUUUUUCCGUAUGAAGCUUCACGCAUGGCGCGGACGUCAGUGUUUGAGUCUUGAGCUGUACGGCUGCGAGUCCGGUGAGUAGUGGGGUCGUACAAAUAUUUCAAAUAUUUCUAAAACUCCGCUAUGGCUUCACACCUGAGUUCGAGAGAGUUCAUAACAUGUACAAACCUUUUCUCAACUCUUUCGGUUCGAGAGUUAAAAACAAGCAUCAAGUCUGAUUAUUUCCUACCUUUGACCUUUCUCCGACACCGACUUGCUACUUCAUGUUGUGUCUUUCUUGUGUCUUGAAGGAUGGGCUAUAAAAAACAAACAGCUCAUUGAACCAAAGGGUGUCAAAAACAAGGGUAAGUAA